CUUAUCAAAGUUGACCGGGUGCUUCAUCUUCCGACUUCCGACUUCCGAGUCCGUAGUUAUGUAAUGUUCAUCGAUUAUCAGUCCUGGCACUUCGGGUUCGAUUACUAUCAUAUCUAUCAGAUGAUGCGCUGGAAAUCAUUCAACAACCAGCCCGUCGACGUCGCUGGCAUUUGCAUCCUACCCAGUGACUACUAUGUCGGCUCCCCCAGACUACUCAGAGGACAAGGAGAAAGCCCUCGGGUCGGUUGAAGAUGAAGCUGCGUACGUCGAGGCAGCUCCAGAUUGUGUGAUCGUAAGCCGCUUUGGUAUACUCGGUCCACUCUCUUCGCCAGUGGUGUCGAGGCCCGUGGAGUAGAACGUGUACCAGAAAACCAGAGAGUGUCGAAAAAAUGCAUGGAACAAGUGCGUAUGUUGUGUUACGCUCGUAUACCUGUCCUGAGUCCAGUGUAUUGUCCCUCAUGUGGUGGUCCAUUAACACAGUGUUGACUACAAUUCCCAUUGGGGUGCUCGGGCAGUCCAUUUUCACUUUGAGUUUUGGCAACGCUGUAGCGACUAUUCUCUGCUUUGGCGCUCUCGGCGGCGUCGCAACAGCGUUCAUAGCUACCCUCGGCCCUAUGACUGGUCUCCGCACCAUGAUUAUCACCCGCUUUAGCUCAGGAUACUUCGGCGGCACCAUAUACUCAGUCCUCAACAUCCUCACCCAGCUUGGCUUUUCCGCAACAGCAGUCGUUCUCGGAGGUCAAACGCUCGCCAACAUCAAUCCCAGCACCCUUCCGCUCGUCGUUGGCAUCAUUAUCAUUGGCGUGUGUUGCCUCAUCCCGUGUUUUGUCGGGUACGACAUGGUACACGUCUACGAGCGCUACGCAUGGGUGGUCACUAGUAUCAUCAUGCUUUUCAUCUGGGGUCUUGGCGGUAAAGCCGGAUAUGAAGUCAAUGCACAAAAGCCUCUCGAGGACACAGGGCGCGCCCUCUCAGCUGACAUUCUCAGGCGGUGGGCUCCAGUCACAGCAGACUAUAAUUGCCGGCUACCGGCUGAUACACCGCCCAUGCGCGUAUUCCUACUUACGUUCUUCAGCCUGUUCAUCCCUAUCUGCUUCGUCGAGAUCCUCGGCGCAGCCCUCAUGAUAAUCACUGAUUCCGCAUACAUCGCGGCGUUCGCAGACAGCUCAACCGGCGGUCUAAUCGCGCAAGUGCUCUCCCUGGGGCCACUUUGGCCAAUUCAUCCUCGUCCUUCUCGCACUUCUGUCAUUGCUAACAACAUCCCUAAUACCUAUUCCACCGGCCUGUCCAUACAAGCCCUCGGACGCCCAUUCACCAUCAUACCGCGCUUCUUCUGGGGUUUCCUCGCUUUCGUCAUAUACACCGUAGCAGGUGUCGCUGGCCGGGAACACUUCAGCGCCAUCCUUUUCAAUUUCCUCAGUAUACUCAGCUACUGGACGGCUUUCUUCAUCGUGAUCGGAGCUGAGGAGCACAUCAUCUUCAGGCGCAAAAACGGGCCGCUUGGGGGGUAUAAUUUGGAUGACUAUGAUACGCCGUCGAAGUGA